GAAGCUCUUGCAGUCCCGUGAAACGCGACUCCACAUGAAUGUCAUGGCCUUUGACAAACUCUUGUCUUAUUCAGAAUGAGAUGGAAAUAACGCCCGAGAAGGUUGUGUUUAAAGGACAUAGCUUGUGAAGUUAGCGAAACGCGUACGCCGGCAAUGUUAUUUUAGCUAACACGGUAGCUACGUUAGACGAUGGAUCCGGAGCAGCAGCUGCGAAACCUGCGUGAUUUUCUUCUGGUUUACAACCGUAUGACUGAGAUGUGCUUCCAGCGAUGCACCAGCAACUUCAACUACAGGAACCUCACCAUGGACGAGGAGCGCUGUGUGGACAACUGUGCAGGGAAACUGAUCCACUCCAACCACCGCCUGAUGGCCACCUACGUGCAGCUGAUGCCUCGGCUAGUGCAGCGGCGAAUGGAGGAGAUGGAGAGCAAAGCUGCUGCGAACAUGGCGACAGAAGCCUCAGCAGCUGCUGCUCUCGCUACCACAGAACCGUCACCGGUAUCUGAAACUUCUGUUACCGCAAUCCCAACGCCUCAAGAACCUCCUACGUUGCCUCGGCCGGUGACUGAUGACCUCCACAGAUCACCGACUGAGACAUGAGGGCUCAAAUGCUUCCCAAUGCUGGCGCCAAACUCUUACAAAGCAGACUCUCCCAGUGGAUGGCACACAAAGGAACUGGAACUGAACACGCUGCAAAUGGGCCACUAUUUUGUUUUUCCAAGUUGAAAUUUCAUUUGGACUGUGUUAAAAUGAUAUUUUACAGUGCUUGACAUGUCCAAAGUGAAGCAAAAGCCUCUAUUAUGACAUUUUAACUGUAAUAUCUUUUUGUAGAGCGUGACAAGGAGUUAAGAAUAUAUCCACAACAGGGACCAACCAGUCAUGUUGAGCGAUCAACAGAAGGAGGAAUGAAAUGUGUGAAGUGUCAGGGGUUUUUUUUUUCUUUGAAAAAUGAAUCAUAAUAUCAUGACGACAACAUGACAGCUUCCUGCCAUCUCGCUGCUCAAAAAUCAUACAUUUCAAGUCCUCAUGGGAUUGAGUCGGUAUGCAUAAUUUAUGAACUGUAUGUGCAUAUUUGAAAUCCUGAGUUUUUAUGUAACAAAAAUAAAUAAAUUGGAAUGGAGA